AUGGUCAUGUUUUGGACAGAUACACGUCGAGUCCACUGGAUGGAGCUGUUUAGCAGGAUGGUGCUGCUCGGCCUGUUUGUGUCUGCGCCCAUCAGAGCAGCAACAGAGUCUGAGGAGGAGUCACCGACAGACUGGACGCUGUGGAAGAAAGCCAAUGGAGUGAUGUAUAAAGUAGAGGCUGAUGACAAGGAGAGAAGGGUCAUUUGGGAGACAAACAAGAGAAUGAUUGAUGACAAUAACAAAAAAUUCCAGAUGGGCAUGUCCAGCUUUACCAUGACGAUGAACAAAUAUGGUGACUGGACUAAAGCGGAGUAUAAGCGGUUACAGGGAGCAAAGAUUAACAGCAAGGUGAAAAGGAAAGGAAUGGUCGCCUCUGCGAAUGCCCUGCGCAACUAUGCUAAGAGACUGCGGGCGUCCACACUGGACUACAGGACGAUGGGAUACGUCACUGAGGUUAAAGACCAGGGCUACUGUGGGUCUUGCUGGGCAUUCAGCACUACGGGUGCCAUUGAGGCCCAGAUGUUCAAGCACACAGGUCAGCUGGUGUCCCUGAGUGAGCAGCAUCUGGUGGACUGUUCCAGGUCUUACGGCACGUACGGCUGCAGCGGGGCCUGGAUGGCAAAUGCCUAUGAUUUUGUAAUCGGCAAGGGGCUGCAAGCCAACAGUACUUACCCUUAUACUGCCCUGGACACACAGCCCUGCUUCUAUGAGCCCAGCCAAGUUGUAGCCCACAUCAGUGACUACAGGUUUAUUCCCAAUGGAAAUGAACAGGUGUUGGCUGAUGCCUUGGCGGUUGUUGGGCCAAUUACCGUUGCGAUAGAUGCUGACCAUCCAAGCUUUAUGUUCUACAGCUCAGGGAUCUAUGUUAAUCCUAAAUGCAGUUCAAGUAACCUCAAUCAUGCUGUGCUUUUGGUUGGCUAUGGUUCUAAGGGUGGCAAAGACUACUGGCUCAUCAAAAACAGCUGGGGCACAAGUUGGGGUGAGGGAGGAUACAUGCGCAUGAUCCGCAAUGGCAAAAACACCUGUGGCAUUGCCAGCUAUGCUCUUUACCCCAUUGUAUAA